CUCUCUUUCUCUCUCUCUUUCUUUGUGUAUGGGUGCUUCAGCAUAUGUGCUUGUAUGUGCAGUGCCGGCGCCCUUGUUGUCCUUUUUUUUUUUUUUUGGUGUGUGUGUGUGUGAUUAAUUGACAAUAAUUUCAAAUUCUGAAGUCUGGAAUGUGUUUCUGCUGAAUCAAGUCAUGGCCCAGUGCCCAAGUCUAAUUGUUUCAUUUUAGGCCGAAUUUAAUCUAAUGUUUAUCUUGCCAUUUUUGCCAAAAGAAGCUGAAGGAUGCUCGAUCUUUGUCAGAAGCUUUUGGCAGCAUUUGGCUUUAGGAUGCUUAUCUUCUAAAGAGCUUUUAUCUCUCUCAGUUCUUGCAUUAAUGCUGGGUUACUCUUUGGUGUUAAUACUUCACUAUAAUCUCUUCCUUGUAAGUCUAACCACAUAGAAUUUGCAUCUGGUGACCUAUCUUCAAGAUUGGUUGUUGGUCCAGCAAAUAAACCUUUGAUUUCAAUCAAUAUAAACUAGCCUAUAAAUCUGGCUGCAGACAACUUCAUAGCCAAACCAACAGGGAACUUUUUUCUCUCCUGGUGCUCAGAUGACGGGGUCGCAAACUUGAGAAUGCUGCUACAUGAAUUAUGAAAAGAUCAUAUAGAAUAGCUAAAAGAUAUAAAACGGAUGGGCAACCUAUUUUGCUGUGUACAAGUUGACCAAUCAACAGUUGCUAUCAAGGAAAGGUUUGGGAAGUUUGAUGAAGUUCUUCAACCAGGAUGCCAUUGUUUACCUUGGUGUCUCGGAAGCCAGCUUGCCGGCCAUCUCACACUCCGGUUGCAGCAGCUAGAUGUGCGUUGUGAGACCAAGACAAAGGACAAUGUUUUUGUUAACGUUGUUGCAUCAGUACAAUAUCGUUCCCUGGCAGAGAAGGCGAAUGAUGCUUUCUACAAACUUAGCAACCCCAGGACACAAAUUCAAGCCUAUGUUUUUGAUGUUAUCAGGGCAAGCGUUCCAAAGCUUGAUUUGGAUGAUGCUUUUGAGCAAAAGAAUGAUAUUGCUAAAGCAGUUGAAGAUGAGCUUGAAAAGGCUAUGUCCGCUUACGGGUACGAGAUUGUCCAGACCCUCAUUGUUGAUAUAGAACCGGAUGAACAUGUGAAAAGGGCCAUGAAUGAAAUUAAUGCUGCUGCAAGGAUGAGAGUUGCAGCAAACGAGAAAGCAGAGGCCGAGAAGAUUAUACAGAUUAAGAGGGCAGAGGGAGAGGCAGAAUCCAAGUAUCUAUCAGGAGUUGGCAUUGCCAGGCAGCGCCAGGCAAUUGUUGAUGGCCUAAGGGACAGUGUGCUUGGUUUCUCGGUCAAUGUGCCUGGGACUACUGCUAAGGAUGUUUUAGACAUGGUCCUCAUUACCCAGUAUUUUGAUACCAUGAAGGAAAUUGGUGCUGCCUCUAAAUCUUCAUCAGUGUUUAUCCCACACGGACCUGGCGCAGUUCGAGACAUUGCAACCCAGAUCCGAGAUGGGUUGCUUCAGGCAUCUCACCAUCAUGAAUAAAAAGCCUUAUAUGCGUGAGUUUUAUAAGCAACAAGCUACCGUUAUGUUAAAAUUACGCCAAUACCUAUAGGUCAUCUAACUGAUAGCCAAGCUUUACUGGCUAUCCUUGGGCGUUUUGAGUGAAAUCUGUACCCAGUUCCUCUGUUUAGAAAUAUAAAUGUAAUUGCUGUUUGUAAGGUAAUUUGUAAAAUCAACUACGGGGAUAGAUAUAUGGGUCACAUUCUUUGUU